AUGCUUUCCAAGGUUCUGCCCGUCGCCGCCCUCGCUGGCGCAGCCAUGGCUGCUUGCCCUCUGUCUGUCGAGAUUACUGGCUCGACUGACCACACCCUCAACGUUGCCGUUACCAACAAUGGCGCCGAGGCCGUGACCGUCUUCAAGGGCAACACUGUCCUGAGCGAGCACAACACCAUGGACAUUUUGGUCGCUGAUGAAGAUGGCAAUGACCUCCCCUUUGAGGGUCUCUUUGUCAACUACAAGCGUACCGACAUGGCCCCCUCCAUGUUCCAGACCAUCCAGGCUGGCGAGACUGUCAGUGCUACCGUCAACACUGCCAAGACCUACAACCUCGAGGGUGUCGCCAAGGCCAAGGCCCAAGCCAUCCAGGGUUUCCACUACGUCACUGGCAGCACUGCUCCCAAGACUAUUGCCGAGACCGAGUUUUGCGAGAAUGUCACCUCGGACCCCGUCGACUUUACCGUUGACCAGACCACGGCCGCCAUCUCGCUCGUCACCCGUGACCUCAAGGUUGAAAAGUCCAACUCUCGCAUCAAGGGCCGCUCUGUCAGCUACAGCGGCUGCACCUCGGCCCAGCAGAGCGCACUCGUGACCAGCGUCUCCGACGCCGUCUCCAUGUCGUCGGCCGCCAAGACCGCCGCCGGCCAGAGCGCCGACUACUACACCACCUGGUUCAAGUCGACGUCGGUCCUGACCAAGGUCCAGACCAUUUACCAGGACGUCGUGGGCAUCCAGACCACCUCGCCCACUAUUUCCUGCAAGGACACGUACGGCGACUGCGCCGACGGCUCGGCCCUGCUCUACACCAUCCCCAGCGCAAAGGUCAUUGUCCCCUGCCCCAGCAACGGCUUCUGGGGCUUUGACGAGCUCUCCCCCGACUGCACCGACUUUGACUACGACCGUGCCGGUUCCAUCCUCCACGAGGCCACCCACUUGUACGGCACCGACGACUACGCCUACGGCCCCACUGCCGCCAAGAAGCUGUCCGCUGCUCAGGCUGCUGCCAAUGCCGACACGUACGAGAUGUACGCCGGCUCCGUCCGUCUUGGUGGCUGCAGCGGUUAA